AUGCCGAGCCUCUUCUCGCGGAUAAGGGGCAAAGACGGCCAGGGAAAAUCAAAGUCCAAGAAGAACGCCAACCCCGAAUCCUUAACCCACCAAUUGCCCAACCAGCCGCGCUGGGAGAAUGCAUACGCUCGAACCACCAUAGAACCGGAGGAGGUCCAAGAAUUGAUCAGACGAUGCACCGAAGAGAUCAAAUCAAGGGCCCUCGACCAGCCCUUCCUGCUGUUACCAUUCCGCCCGACCUCCGAUCCAAGCGCUGUACGCACUUUCGUCCGCCACUUCUUCGAUGGCAAUCAGAAUACACGCGGCGACGCCCUCGUGCAGGAGCUGCGGAUGACCGAACCGAUGGUCAUUGCUGGUGUGCUCAAAUGGUGCUGGAGCAGGAUUCAGGGUGGCCUCGUAGGGUGGGAUGCCUAUGAGCUAUUCAAGGUGGGAGAGCAAGACUCAAGCUGGGCGCGCAAUUCCUUCACGACUUUCAUCCCGCUGAGCGUUGAUAACGAUGCGCGUUCCGAUAUCAUAUUCGACUAUUUCGAUCUCCUAUCCGCCAUGGCAGCGCACGGCAAGACGAAUGGCUUCGGUGGCCGUAAACUGUCCCGCAUGGCAUCCUGGUGGGCCUUUGAACAUAAGGAUACUGGCAAUGGUUUCGAUGGCGGUUAUGAGGCUUGGAUGAGCGCCGCGGACGCUACAAGUCAUCUGUUCUUUGCUUAUCUGAGAUCAAUGACUCCCCAACAACCGCGUAGUGGCAUCUCUAUGCUUCCAAUGUCACUACAGAAAUUACUGGAGGAGACCGAGUACCCUCCUGAAACGCCUUCGCUGAUGAUGUCGUCGACGAAUAUAGUUGUCAUGAUUGUCGACACAGUCUCGCCGACCCCAUUUGCUCUUCUUCGCCGUGCCAGCCACUUCCAGUAUCGCGACGACGAUCAGGCGCUUCGAGAUUUCUCCGAGUACGAGGAUCCCGUGAUGGCUCUGACUGAGGAGUGCGGCAGAGUUCUUAAGGCGAUCUCGGCCGCCAACCAGUCACAAGUGUCCAGCUCGAAACACUCCACUGGUCUUCGGGACGCCUCGUGGUCUCGGUUCGAGGACAUUGGGUUUGGUGGUGCUUUGGAUGAGGAUGAGGAUGAUGAGUCUACAAGGUUGAACCAAGCUCGAAACCCCCGCGGACUUAGGACGACACCAGCUUCUGGCACAGACAUGGGACGACCCACAACACCAUCAUGGGCGGACUUCCUAUCUUCGGGAUUUGUCGACGACUCACCCAAUAGCCCUUCGAACCAUCUGCUGCCGCCGGAUAAGAUCCUGCCACCGAUUGAGACGAACAUUAGACAGCGAAGCUCGCAAUCACACAAUCCCCGCCUAGAAAGUAACCGCCAUGUCGAGCCGGGUGAGCUGGCUAGCAUCACCCGAUUUGAACUCGAUGAUGCUUUCUGGUGGGUGUGGAUGAGCAGUCUGGCUCCCGAAGAGACCGCAGAACGAAAGUCCGCUUUUGGCCGUUGCGCAGUCAUCGAGACCGUCAUUCGCUCGGGUAGGUGGCUUGUAAUGGAGGAAAAAGUCAAGGGCGCUGCACCCGAGCCCGAUGCUGGCGCUUACAUUGCCGAGAAGAAGAGUUUCUUCAGUUGGACCAGACGAAACAGGGACAAAGGUGUCUCUCGCAGCAAGUCAAAUGGGAAGGAAGCGUUCGAUAGGAACGAUCGACUGAGCCCAAGCGCCACAAGCGGAGCGGGAUUGAGCAAGACCAGCAUCGGGCCUGACCAGCAAGCGAAGAUACAGGCGGCUGCGCAACAACUACAUGCAAAGCAAGCCCAGGAACAACUGCCGAGCCCUCUACCAGAGAGACGUGGACGUUCAGACGCCGAAUUGAUGCGAGAGAAGACUAGCAGCGUUCUCACCCUGCAGCCAGUAAUAGUGAAGGAAGCGUCUCCGGCCAUGAAGUGGGCGAACAAAUACGACAAGGAAUCCAUUCGCACGGCCUACCUGGGCAACAUGACAGCUGGUCGGGGCCUUGGGCAGCUCUUGGAGGCAUCGCGGUCGAACGAUGGUGCAAGUACGAAUGGAGGCCUUGCCAAUGGGAAUGGCUACAGGCCAGAUGCCCCAGAGAGCUCAAUGUCUAAGCCUUCUCAAUCAUCUCCGGCUUUAGCACAGCCGCCUGCUGUGUCCGAGGCUAGGUCACCGAUCACGCCAUCGUCUCGGCAGCAGGAGUUUCUUCCUGUGCCCGAGAGAAAACCGGUAAACGGUCAUCCCGCGGAGAAAUCGGGUCCUACCGGCAGAGACUCGCCCCUCCCACCUCCCCCUCGUGAGCAGGAGAGCAUACACGCUGCUCGCGAAAAUAUGACAUCGCCAGAGCUUCCAGUCCUCACCCCCGCUGAGAGCAGGAAGCAGCACAAGAAGCUUCAAAAGGAUGAGAAGAAGGCGGGCGGUGGUGGUUUCAGGAAGCUAUUCGGCCGCAAUAAAAACCGGCAAUCCAAAGUGCCUGAUAAUGCCGCUACGGACGUCAAUGCCUUCCUAACUGCAGAUCCGCCUCGCACAGCCGAGCCGGCGCGCGCUCCCUCCCCGGAACCAGAGCCACAGCCACAGCGGCCUCAGCCUGUGGCCUCGGAGUCGGCUGUCAUGUCCCCACCAGACGAGGAAUUCGCGACUCCAAUGGAGCUUCCCGGGGAGAAAACACCUACUCAAACCCAGCCAACACCGACUGUCCGUGAGCCAGCCUAUGAGCCUUCAGGUGAAGACGCCAUGUCUCGCAUAGACACAGCAGAUGCCAGAGAAGCUAGCCACGAAUUCUCUCGGUUCGAUCAGGGUCCACUGUCCGACCAGCCAGCCUUCAUACCCAAUGAUGACCAGAGCGACGAUGAUGCUACCCCUCCUCCGAUUGCGCGACACGCCAGUAGCAAUCCGCCGGUCGAGGAAGACAUUGCUGAUGAAGAAGGAGCGCCUUCACCAGCUGUCCCAAUGCAAGAUCGGUGGGCUGCCAUUAGGAAGAACGCCGCCGAGCGCGCAGCACGACAGAGCGAGGAGAAAAGCCAUGGGGCUUACAGCAAGACUACGGAUGGUGAUGAUGACACUAGUGGUGAAGAAACCAUCGAGUCUCGUGUGGCCCGCAUCAAGGCUCGCGUCGCUGAGUUGACAGGAAACAUGGAAGGAUCCGGUAGUCCCGGAACCCAGACGCCCCCGGCCGCUCGCCGCUAG